AUGCCCAGCGCGGACCCUGACUCCGACUCCGACGUCGAAUUUGAAGACGUCCUCUCCCAACCCAACCAAAGCCAAGGCCAAAACCACAACAAUACAUCUCAAUCGCCAUGGAUCCCAACUCUAUCUCUCCCAGACCAAAGAGAUCACCCAGCAACCCCAGGCUCAGAAGAAGAAAACCAACUCCGCGGCCGCCUAACCGCCGGCCUCGACCGGAUAAACUACCGCCAAAUGAAAGCCGAAAUGGGCAUCGAUACAGACACAGACUUACCCCCCUCCGAACGCCGCUAUGAGAAUUUUCAAGAAUUAGCUCAUGACAUCAAUACUCUUAUCGAUAUGCUAUGGGUCUCUGCAACGCCAUCAAUCCAAACAGAGGCCCUUCUCACCCUAGCCGGCCUUCUUGAAAAAUCCCUAAAAACAUACCCCUUCACUCCCUAUCCGACUCUGGGAAUCCUACACAAAUUCGACUCCGUCUUCGUCGCCCUGUGUACAGGGCGCCAUCCGCUUACAAAUGUCGAGAUCCCUGGUGCCCAUGACCAGAGGCAAGUCGUGACGCAGACGCAGAAGGUUAGGAUUCGUAGUUUGGCGGAGACGACUAGGAAUACGAUUUUUGGGAUGCUGCCGGAUGAUGAGGAGGAGGAGCAGCCUUGGCUGGAAGAUGUUGCGAGGGUUUAUGAUGGGGUGCUUAUGUUGCUGGAAGGGGAGGGGGGGAGGGCUUGGUUUGAUCUUGAGAGGUAG